AUGGAGGAUCUUGCACCGCCGCCAGCCUUUGAUCUCUCUGAACUGAGCGUCACGGAAGUAGAUAUAGCUGCAGAAAUUGCUAAAGAGAUGCAAAACCGGUCUAGGUCGACAGGGCAUGAUGCAGAUUCCACCGAAAUCGAUGCUAUGAUCCAGCGAAGCAGGGACCUUAUUGCGAUGUUUGAGAAGCAAGUCUCUAAGGAUGAGGCGGCACAGCUCCCGCCAAAGCAGCCAGGCAGCGCAUCUGGAGCCCUUACAAAGGAAAUUGGGACCGAUCAGGAGCCUAUGCUUAACGUUGAUACUGUCAGCGUUGGUGCAGCUGACACGGAAAUCUCAGAUGUCCAGACAGUCAUAAAGAUGUCAGCUUUACCGGCAUCCUCGGCUGAGUCUCGGACAACAACUCAACCUUCUUCUGCAUCUUCAACGCCACAAACAUCCCAGACACCGAUAUCUGGGGACAAAAAAACGUCUUCCAAGAGCAAUAGUCGCUUACCGAUACUAACAGACGCGGACGUUUUCGCCGCUCAAAAUCAAUUUCCGCCUACAAGCUGUCUACAAAAUGCUGUUCUCACGGCGGAAUUAGUGUCUCGUAGCAGUGAAGCAGCCCUAGAAGAGAUCCAUUCUGCUGGUUCAAGAACCAAGAUCAAAAUACCUACUCCAAACCUGCCUCUCCAGGCACUCCCACAGCAAGACGCUUUGCCCAAGCAACCCUCACCUGCAGGGCGCCUUCCUGCUCCAGGAUUUCUUGCUGCACCAACAGCAGCGGGAGACAGCCAUCCAACUGUCUUUUCCGCUGAGCCGAACAUCUCUGCUUCCAUAGCUAGUUCCCUCACAUCAUCUACUAGAUUAUCUCUCAAUUCUUCACUGCGAACUAUUCCUGUGGGGGCAUCUUCACUCCCUCCUGUCGUAGCAAAUCUUCCAGGACAGACAAACGUCCCUGCACACGUUGAAGAGCAUAUUCUAGAGCCUCCUCCUAUGUUCAACGACGAUAGCAGUGACGCUCUUCCAGGGGCGCUGUCUGACAGUGUCCACAGUGAUUCUCUGGCUCCCAUGAAGAUGGAAGCCCCGCCCCCCAAGCCAACAGCUAUGAUGGGUAUACAGCCAUCGCUGCAUUCUAUACCCAGCACUGACCACCUCAAUUAUGACGUAGAGGAUGAAGAAGCUCUAGUGAAGGUGAUAAGAAUCUCUGGCGGUCUUACGGAGCAAAGCGGACAAUCAGCUAGGCUAGCGGGGUCGCUUGGCACUUCUUCUAGGCUGCGUUUGGAAUCUAUGGUGCUGGCACCAAGUGCAAAGCACAGUCUGCCUCCUCCAUCUCAGACAAGUUCGGCAGCUGAGAGGGAGACCCGAACACUUACUUUAGAAGAGAAGAUAGAUGCGCAAAUAGCCAACUUGGAGAGGAGCCGACAGAAUGUUGUGCUGACCAGAGAGGAUCUGGCAAGCAAUAUAAUAACGGGGAGAUCACCUCCCAGAAGCACGCAUGGUAUUGAUCCACAUCAAGGUUAUGAUCACUCUUCUUCAGCUAAUAACGCACUCGUCACAGAGGGUGCUACGGGCUCUUUUACGAAGACAAUUAACGAAACCAUUGAGCAAUUGAUCAAAUCAUCAAGCAAGCCAGAGUGCACCCCGACCAGGCCACUAUCUACUAGCAGUAUGGCUCUGGGUAUGCCACAAUCCACUUCGGUGCCCACUGUGCAGCUGACGAGGUCCUCCCUGCAUUCACGUUCUCAAGGAAAGCUAGAACAGAUGGAUGCUGGUACACCUUUAAUAGACUCUGCUAUUAACGCUGUGCACAGCGCCAUGUCACCUUCCUCGAAUAAGAAGCUAAAUAGACCAGAAGAGCGUAUGAAGGACAAGGAGCAACCCACCACCAGAUUCUUUAGUGCAAAAGAACUAGCAACUAUUCAAAAGCUUCCACAGUUGAUGCCAUCAGAUCAGAUUCGCUUUAUGAGAGUCCUACAGCAGAUUAGUGGUAACCACACCCCUCAAGCGUCUUCUGCAUCUCGUUCUGGAGCAACUGGAAUACACGCUUCUAGCGAGUAUCCCCCAGAGCUUACAUUUGAAUUUGUUGAGGGAACCGGCGACCUCGUUGUCAAAGUCGUGCAACUCCUUAAGCAGUCGAACAGAAAGGUUUAUCUGCCCGGAACAGUUUUCGAGGGUCUGGUAGAAGAUAGCUAUAGGAUAAUGAUCCCGGCAUACCUUAUCCCGCCGCGCCUAUCGCUUACAAAUAGAUACUCCGCCAAGCUUCUGGAGUGGCGGCAAAGCAAGAAGAUUGCAGACGAAAAGGUACACUCAAACAAGGUUGCAAGCUACACAAAGUCUCUAUUACCGUCCCAAAAGUCACUUAACUGGCUUGUGUCAUUUGUUGACAAUGUUUUUAGAGCCAGACAUGUUUAUUUGGAGAGAGAGGCAGAGAAGUGUCUGGACAAUAAUUUAGAUGUCUUUGAACCGCAAAAUUUCAGCGAUUUUAUAGAUUCUUAUAUCAAGGGAAGGCUGGGGAACGUUCACCGAGCAUCGGUACUUCGUGUAGAGUUGGAGGAUGCCAUCAGACGGUACUAUUUUGUUUCUGCACAUGCACGCCUCUUGCAUUUGUUUUGGGAGACCAUCCACGAGGACACCGACAGAACCAAUGGGUAUGAAGAGCAGGAUCCUAGCCCAAUCUCGCCCUCAUCGGUCUUGGACACAGACCUGAACACUCUUGAUACGAUGCCAAGGGUAAGCCUUCGCGCUUGUAACAAGAACUUCUCUGGCGGACAGGUGCGUGAAUCGAUGAUACCACAGCGCAAACUAAACUACACAAAUCAGUGCUCAGCCUUUCUGUUAAACCUUAGGCAAGCAUGCUCAACUAUUUGCGUGGACAGACGCAUCGUAAUUCCGGAGCAUUUGCGUAAACGCGCAGAGACACAGCUUAUCCAGAAGGGCUUUGGAAAGGAGGUCUUCGCCACAGCCGGGGUAACCAAGCGUCACACGGCAUCGGCGAGUCAACAUGCUCACGGUGGAAUGAAGAUAGGUGGCGCCACAUUUGAUCCAAUGAACCCUCUCGGCCUUCCGAAGUAUUACGAUGCCAAGGUAAUCCAAUUUCCCACGCACAAGGCGUUCUUCUCAAAUGCGAUAUUCAAUUUGCUGGGAGACUACGAAGGUUUGACAACGCGGAUCGUCAAGAAGUUGGAAAAGGCAGACAUCUGGACUCCUGGAAAGUCGAAUCCCGCCCGCGUCUCCUGUGAUAUCAUCGAGGGGGAGAUCUACACUGUUCUAGAGGCUGCACUAAAUAUCUUUGAGCAUAUGCUUGUAUCUAUUAAUGGAAGUGAGGAAGCUUUGCGAGCCGAUGACCACGAGGCUGGCUCUCCGUCUCCAGAAUUCCCACCUGUGCCAGCUGGCUUUUCUGGCAGCGGCAGUCAGUCAGGGAGCAGAUCCAACAGUCAUCCAAGCCGUUCUGACAGCAACAGCCUGUACCAACAGAUCGUGGAGCCGUCCAGGAUGGUUAUACCCGGCUUUGGCUUUCCUCCAAGUGCUCGUGGACAGCCCAAGAUCAUACCGGAGGAUCCUGCAUCAGAUGACGAAAUACGAGAAGCCAUACUAGAGCUGCAGAAUGCUAACUAUGAGGUGAAGGCCGUUGAUGGUGUCGCAGACGCCGUAAAUCAUGGGGAUUCGAAUGCUACAUCUCAGGCAGUGUACGAUAUACUUGCUGAGUUUGCGGGGGCUGAGGUUGGGGUUGAUGCAGGUCACGAGCUAGUGGAGGGCGUCCCUGAUGGGGAAGACCAGAGCGCAGAAAGCUUUCCCAUCGACCAAAUGUUCUAA